AAAAAAAGAAAAUUGAGUUUUGCGUCCUAUAUAUUAUUUUUACCUUUAGUCAUCUUGGAACUGAUUCAUGGAUUUCAAAUGGGAGAAGCGAAUCUCUAUUCAGUUAACUCUGAUACUGCCUAUGCGUUGCCCUUUAUGAUCAAAGUAUUUUUUCUUUCUUUUUUGAUUAUACAACCAUUUUGUAGUUAUAACCAAUGAAAAAUUUUAGUAUCAGAAUUUAACAUUCUUCUUUCAAUCUGCAGUUCCGGGUUGUAUGGUGCAAGCUGAUAUAUGAAAUAUGGCCAGAAUAUUUUUUCAAAUACUAACAGUGUUUUUAGCAAUGGAUGUUGGCCUUGUUGAGUCCCAGUCCUGUAACAAAGAUUUUACAAGUUUAAGUGGUACAGUGUCCUCACCAUCAUUUUCAAGUGGUUCAACCUAUGAAAAUUUGUUGGAUUGCACAUAUAACAUUCAAGUUAGAAGUGGAUAUCGAAUAAAACUGUCAUGGUCAACAUUUGAUGUCAAGGGUCAAAUGCCAGACUGCGUUGAUGAUUCUGUGGAGAUUUUCAUUGGAUGUUCACUUAACAGGCAUUCAAUUGGAAAAUAUUGCUCUGAAAAUGGAUACAAGCCAUUUGAUGUUCACUCACCAAACAACUGCUUGCGCUUAGUGUUCAAGACAAAUGUCUCUGGCGUAGGCAGAGGGUUUCAAGCAUCUUACUCAUCAUUUCUUCUAUCUGAACGUCAAAGUGGUGUGGGAGGGCAAUGUUUCUCAACUAAGACUCUCACUGCAACAUCUGGAGUGAUUAGUUCUCCAAAUUGGCCCCAAGACUAUCCUUCUAACAAAGACUGUUACUGGAAGAUUGAGGUUGGGCACAACAGGGGCAUUAAAAUAGCUUUCAUGGACUUUGAUUUGGAAAAUGAUCUUUCGUGUGAAGAUGACAAAGUCAAAGUUAAAGAAGGAGAUGAUCAUGAAUCAUAUAAUAAGGCCAACACUCUCAAAGAGUCUAAAUGUGGUCCAGUAAACCCAUUUUACUUUACGUCAUCUGAGGAGAGAAUUUGGAUCAGGUUCAAGUCUGACACAUUUACUAGCAACCGAGGGUUUCUUGCUGGAUAUGUCAUGUAUGACAAAACCCCAAUUAGCGCUAAAACUGUUGGCACUGUGAUUGGCGUCUUGGUUGCACUGGCCGUUGUGAUUGGCAUUGCUGCCUUCGUCUACUACAAAUUUUUUCACCAAAAGAGAGUCAGGGAAAGGGCGCAACGACAGAUGGCGGUGGCACAUACUUCUGCUCAACCACAGCAAGUAACCAUUCACCCUCCUCCUGCAGGACCUCAAGCAAGUUAUGCACCACCCCCCUACGAUCAAGGGACGGGAGCUCCCUACCCCCCACAAGGGCAACCGUACCCCCCUGGACUCACUGGGGGUGAUGCAGCAUACCCCCCUGGACAACCGGGUGGAGCACCUCCUUACCCCCCUGGACAACCGGGUGGAGCACCUCCUUACCCCCCUGGACAACCGGGUGGAGCACCUCUGUACCCCGCUGGACAACCGGGUGGAGCACCUCCUUACCCUACUGGACAACCACCCUACCCUCCACAGUAAUCAGCGCGUCAAUGUGACCAUUUCAAACAGCUUUUAAAAUAAUUGGGGCUAUUGUUAUGAGAAAAGUCAAUGAGAAGAUCGCGAUAGCCGUGUAUCUUUUGCAUAAUUUUGCCAUUUUGCUGGUUAAUCAGGUUUAAAAAUUGAAGAAGAACAACGCAACAUGAGGGAAUUUAAUUAAAGAAAGAAGAUAAAAAUACUCAGUUUAUAAAAUAGACUGCGACAACAGAGAAAAUUUUAUAAACAAUAAUAAUGGUGAUUUUAUGAUAAAUUAGCCACCCAUGGUAGUAUACGGAGCAAGGAGAAAUCUAAUAAUUAACUCGGUAACCACUAGGCUCUCAUCUUCUUUAACCAAGAACUCAAAAGGAGAGCUUUGAGGGAGGAGUGAGUGGUCAUGGAGUCAGUCGCUUUGUGUUACAAAGUAAAAUCAGUUUAAUCAAAACGCUUAGUAUUUUUAAAAGCAUGCUUCAGAGAAGGUUUUUAAAAGUCUGUUUACACUUUUAGGUUAAAUUGGUAGGAGUACAUGAGCUUUCCAAAAAUACCGCUCUACGUAAUGCUAUUUGUCGUGUAUUCAACUAGGUUUUACUACCCUAGUGUGUUUUGUAAUAAUUAUGUGCUCAGAAACUUGUCACAAUAUCCUGAAUAAAGGGGUCUGAGCUCUUUA